AACCAGAACCAGAACCAGCCCAAACUCUUAAGUCGAACAGGUCUCUCUCUCUCUCUCUCUCUCUCUCUCUCUCUCUCUCUCUCUGUUUACUGUUUUUGAUGGUUAAUUUUAGAUGCUUAACCAUGAUAUGCUUGGGGCCGAGUAGUUGUAAAUAAACACUCCUGGUAGGAUUAUUGGGAUUUCCGUUCCACUUCCACACACCAGGAUUGAAUUCACAAUUCAGCGCAGAUGCAGCCAUGCUGGAGUACCAUACAUUUACGGGCGCCCAUAUCAAUUUUUCGGUCGCCUGAAGCGGCAGUGGCUUUCUUGGCUUCUGGCCGUGGCCGGCCCUGUGGACCUUUACUACUUUUAAGUAAUGCUACUACAAGAACUGGGUUUUCUAACCGGAGACCCAAGAUGGAAUAUGGGCUCCAAAAAAGUUAUUGUUUUGAUACACGAAGGGAGAGUAAGAGUAAGGGUAAUUUUGGCUUUGGUAAUUUGGAUGAUGAUGAUGACCAACAAGGAGAAGAAGGAAAUGAAAAUGAUGAUUCUAACUCUGAAUGGGAAUCUGAAUUCCUUGGGGAGCUUGCCCCAUUGAGCUCCGUACCUCCUAAAAAGCGGAAACAAGUGACCCAGGAUAAUGAUAACAUGGACUGGUGUGUCAGGGCUAGAAAGAUUGCCCUCAAGUCUAUAGAAGCAAGGGGCUUGACUCCUUCUUUGGAGGCCUUGGUGGGUGCUAAUAAGAAGAAAAAGAAGAAAAAGAAGAAACUGGCAAGCAAGAAUAAGAAAAGUAGAGAAGUUGAUGAGGAUGUGGAUGUGGACAAGGAUGACGAUGACGAUGAGGAUGAGGAUAUUGAUUCCAGUUUGGAGGAAGAUUCUGAACAUAACAAUCUUACUGCCAAAAGCAGCUCUCUUGCAAGGACUGUGAGUAUUCUUGCAGAUGGGAUGUUUGAAGAAAGGAAGAAGAAAACCAGGGAAGCCUUUGUUCAGAGGCUUUCACAGUUCUCCGGGCCGUCUGAUCGCCAGAAAGAAGUUAAGUUGAAUAGACAAAUUGUUAAUGCACUGACUGCAGAAGAAGUAUUAGAGGUUACCGCUGAGACAAUCAUGGCAGUCGCCAAAGGCUUGAGCCCUUCGCCUCUCUCUCCUCUGAACAUUGCCACUGCACUCCAUCGCAUAGCUAAGAACAUGGAGAAAGUUUCUAUGCCAAGGACUCAUAGAUUGGGAUUUGCCCGUCAAGUAAAGAUGUCUAUGCUUGUGGGCAUUGCAAUGACUGCCCUUCCAGAAUGCUCGCCUCAAGGUAUCUCAAAUAUCUCAUGGGCACUGUCCAAGAUUGGAGGAGAACUUAUUUACUUGUCGGAAAUGGAUAGAGUGGCUGAGGUGGCCUUGACCAAAGUUGGCGACUUCAAUUCACAGAAUGUUGCUAAUAUGGCUGGGGCUUUUGCUUCGAUGCAGCACUCAGCCCCCACUCUCUUUUUGGAACUAUCGAAAAGGGCUGCAAGUAUAAUUCACACUUUCCAGGAGCAAGAGCUGGCACAGAUGUUGUGGGCUUUCGCUUCUUUGUAUGAGCCAGCUGACCCUUUGCUGGAAUCUCUUGAUAAUGCUUUCAAGGAUGCUGACCAAUUCAGGUACUGCUUAGAUGAAGAAGAGAAUGAUGAUGGUGAGCUGAGAGGCAUGGAAAGCAAUUCACAUCCUGAACCGGACAGAGACUUAGGCCCCCCUUUGCUCAAUUUCAAUAGAGAUCAGCUUGGAAAUAUCGCUUGGUCUUAUGCUGUUCUUGGGCAAAUGGACAGGAUUUUCUUUUCUCAUGUGUGGAGAACUCUAAGCCAUUUUGAGGAGCAAAGAAUAUCAGAGCAGUAUAGGGAGGAUAUGAUGUUUUCUUCUCAGGUUCAUCUUGCCAACCAGUGCUUAAAGCUUGAAUACCCACACCUUCAGUUGUCUCUAAGGAGUGAUCUAGAGGAGAAAAUUGCUAGUGCAGGAAAAACUAAGAGGUUUAAUCAGAAAAUGACUUCCUCUUUCCAGAAAGAGGUUGCUCGUCUUCUUGUCAGCACUGGCCUUGAUUGGGUCAGGGAAUAUGCCGUGGAUGGAUACACUUUGGACGCGGCAUUGGUUGACCAAAAAGUUGCUCUGGAAAUUGACGGGCCAACUCAUUUUUCGAGAAAUUCUGCUGUCCCUUUGGGGCAUACAAUGCUCAAACGCCGUUAUAUAGCUGCUGCUGGCUGGAAGGUUUUAUCUGUUUGUCACCAUGAGUGGGAGGAGCUUCAAGGCGAGUUUGAGCAGUUGGACUACCUUAGAAGAAUCAUUGAAGAUAAUCACAUACCAGAAGAGAAGAAUACUUCAUGAAAGUGAGAAGAGGAGUAUCAAGGAAUAUUAAGUUGGCAAAACCAAGCAGGAAAAAAUGUUUGUGAUUUUUUUUGUUUUCUGUUUCAAAUCCAUAGGUCUCCAGUUUUACCUGCUCUUUAUGAUGAUGGAGUGCAAUUCAAUCUUACAUUUAUAUUUUGGGCACAAUAAUACUGUAAGUGUGUAAAGAAAAUUGUGUGUUCCUGCCAUUUCAAUAGCAAUGACGCAUCGCUAGCUA